AUGCCCUCCCAGGAAGCAUUUGGUUCAAGCUUUGCAGAUGAAUUUAGUCUUCUGAUUCAACUGCGGAGCUCACAAGAAGAGGAGCGGAGUGUGUUGACUUUGCUGAACUUCUAUAAUCACAUUUUACUCCAGAUCCGUAUAGGCCCACACAGCAUCACCUUCAUCACCACACAGCAGCGUGACUAUGAGUUUUCAGUGUCGGGGCUGUCUGACUCGCAGUGGCACUGGAUCUCAGUUGGGGUUGCAUUUGAAUGGCUGGCUGUGUAUGUGGACUGUGUGCUGGUGGAGAAAGUGAGCUGGAUGUACCCGUACAUGGGCAUCACUACAGAUGGCCUGCUGAUGGUGGGGGGAAUCUUGGAGGGCUUUGAGACACCCUUUGAGGGAGAGCUAAGACAGAUGACCUUCAUAAUGGGAGAUGCAAAUGCUGCCAAGGAUCACUGUGCUCUUCAUCAGCAUAUGUGUGAACCUGUGAAAGAACGUGGCUUUCUUAAGACAGAAAGUAGCACUGAGAGCCCUUUGUCAUCCUCAGCUGGCUCAACAGCAGACAGACCUUUCACAUCAAAUCCCUCUACUGGCAGAGAUGAGACUGCCAAUAUACAUUCAGUUCCAGGGCUCCGGCCUGAACCCAGAAAAUCACAUGGUUCGAACUCCAGUGUCUCUUCUAAGAAUGAAGAUCUUCGUAGUGAAUGGGACAUGUCGUCUGAUUCGAACAGAACUUCAAAGCAUUCGGUUCGUGGCUUUGUAGUGGUGGACGAGUCUGACCUUCUCACGUCUCCCGCUGUCAGCAUACAUAGCAGGUAUAAGGACACCGGUGAAAAAAAGAUCCAGUCCACCACCUUCAAAUCAUCAGAGGAGAACUUCACCUCUCAAAAACUGAAAGCAGAUUUGGGUGGAGGCCGUCUUGAGCGGCUCCCUUUGAAGCCCUCUGGGGACAUUGCUGACCUGGAUUCUAUUUUGAAUGUGAAGACAUCAGCUGGUCAGAAGGAUCUGGUCAGGCCUACAGUCCAUCCUGAGUUAAACCAGCUGAUUGAAGAAGGUUUCUUACUUCCUUCAAAGGGCUUCGAAGUAGAUAAAAAGCCUUUGGUCAGUGUUCACUCAAAAAAAGGAUAUGAAUCGCUUGUAGGCAAAGGACAAGCUGACUACAAGCACUCAAGCAAGAAAGGAGUUGCAAAGGAGUUGAAAGGAGUUAAACAUGGUGAUGUUAUGUUAGGCAUGGAUGGAAGGAGAUACCGGCUCCUCAGUGGACCUCCAGGGCCUGUUGGACCACCAGGGAGAAUAGGGUGCGCAGGCAAAAGGGGCUAUAUUGGAUACAAGGGUGAUAAGGGUUCUCAAGGAGACCAAGGAGCAGAUGGGCCAAGAGGCAUACCAGGACCUCCAGGUCCACCAGGACUCCCAGUCCUCUACCUUUGUAGGAACACAGAGGAGGAUUGGGCUGCAUUUAAGAAAACAUCUUUUUACCAGUUGCUGGCAGCUGGAUGGCCAAGACAGACAGGACACCCUGGACCAAUGGGUGAGACGGGGAGACCUGGUUUACCUGGGUUGCCUGGAGACCCAGGUCAGUCAGGACCACCAGGCCUAAGAGGCGAAAUGGGUGGCAUUGGACCAAAGGGUGUUCGAGGCAGAGCAGGGACUCAAGGAAGAGAUGGAGAGAAAGGUCCAGAUGGGGUGACAGGAUCUCCAGGGGUUCCUGGCCUACAGGGUCCUCGUGGUUACAAAGGUGACACCGCGCCCCCUGGUGAGAAAGGAGAUGAGGGUUUUCCUGGUGCUCCUGGCCUCAGAGGAGACAAAGGACAGACUGGCCUGAAGGGCUCAAAAGGAGAAAUUGGGUUUACUGGCUUUUCUGGUCCUCCAGGACCGGUUGGUUUACAAGGUGUUCAAGGGAUUCCUGGACCACCUGGUCCUAAGGGGGAUCCAGGCAAUGAUGGAAAACGUGGUCCUCCAGGGACAGUGGUGAGUCGUAAAUCUUGA